ACAUCAGAGACAGGUGAUUUAGUCAGUUUUGGCUCAUUGUGGAUCUCAGUCUGUUUUUAACUGGUCUCAGUUUAGAAAAUGAACACUCCCUGCUAGCAUUCGUUACAGGUAAAGUCAUAAAUAUCAACAUUUGGAAAAACUGACUAAUUUUCUUCCUCGUAUAAUUUUGCUGACAUGUCCUUGUUUUCUUUAAUAAAUUCUCUGAAUUGUCCAAUUUCGCCCACAAAAUCUUCCUCCAGAUCACCCGCAUAUUUCUUUUGAAGAUUAGCCGCUCCAGGUCGAAGAUCAUCUACAGAGAUGGAGGGAAUAUUGUUCAAAAAUCCAAACGUCUCCUCAGUGUCUUUGUAGGAGUGAUACCUCCGAUCUAACGAGUCGGUCUAUGGUGGCGAUAAAAACUGUGUUCUAACGAAACAUCCUACCCAUCGAAAUGAUCUACUCACUGAUACUACGCAUGCGCAGACCAAAAUUACGCAACUUUUCUCGAAGCUUACCAACUGUUCGUCGAUCUGUCCCACCUAGUGUUGAAGUUUGAGACUGAUGAUAAUGGCUGAAGCCCUGCAGUUUGGAUCACAGGACAUGUCGGACUGCUUGCUGUGUACUGGCCCCCUAAUUAACCCUUACCAAAUGCCCUGUGGUCACAACAUCUGUGAGAAUUGCUUCAACAACUGCUUGGAUCAGAGGCAAAAUCCCAGGUGUCCUCAGUGCAAAGGGAUGGCUGAUCCACAAGAAAUGGAAGAACUGAAUGAAGCUGGCAAGAAAUUAAUGAAGAUGGGAUUUGGUUCUCCUCCAUCUCAGAAUUACGCUAGCCCUAGAGAUGUGUAUUGUGACUUCUGUGUCGGGAAGAAGGUGAGAGCAGUGACUUCUUGUCUAACCUGCUCCUCCUCUUACUGUAAGACUCACGUGAUGCCUCACUAUGAAGUACUCUCCCUGAAGAAACAUACACUAAGUAAUCCGGAUGGAAAUCUAAAGAGGAACGCCUGUGCAAAACAUCUCAAAAUUAUGAAAAUGUUUUGCAUAACUGAUGACAUCUGUAUCUGCUGGAUAUGUGCGAUGGAUGAACAUAAAGGGCACGAUAUGGAGAAGCUGAAGAAGGCGAGAGAAAUUAAACAGAAUCAGCUGGAGGUGAAAAUGGAGGCAACCAUAUGGAGACGUGACGACAGAGAGGAUGAACUGGAGGAAACAAUGAAUGCGAAUAAACAGAUGAAGAAGUUAGUGGACAGAAUGGUAAAAGAAAAUGAGAAGAUCUUCACUGAUCUUAUCCAAUGCAUUGGAGAAGCCCAGAAAAAAUUAACUGAGAGUAUCAGAGAAACAGAGAAGAUGGAAACGGAGAAGAACAAAAGAGUCGCAGAACAACUGGAGAAGGAGAUUCAGGGGCUGGACAUAAGAAUUGCAGAGCUGAGUCAGCUUCACACAAUCAAGGAUUACAUCCUUUUCCUGCAGUCUUUCAAUUCUCAGAGGGUCCAUCCUGAUGAUAAAAACUCAAUCAGCUCCCCUAUUACUACUGGUUUGUCUUGGAAGGACCUGACACAGAAGAUAUCAUGUCUUAAAUUGAAUCUGGAGAAAAUCAGCCAGUGUGACAUUGUGAAACUGACGGCAUCAGUUUAUGAAUCUUCAGCUUUUCACCUCCUUAAAUCUCGGAGAAGACAAAUCUUUUUAAAAUACUUCUAUCCUCUCACACUGGACAUCAACACGGCACACAGAGCCCUCCGUCUGACUGAAAGGAACAAGAAGGUGACAUGUUGGUGGACACACCUAGACAGAUCUGACAACGUUCAAGUUCUGUGCAGAGAGCCACUGGCUAAGAAACGCUUUUACUGGGAAGUGGAGUGCGUUGGGAAGUACAUUAUGAUAGGGGUCACAUAUAAAGGACUGGAUAGGAGUGGACCCUUCCUGAAGUUGGCCCGUGGAAACAAAAAUACCUCCUGGUGUUUGCAGUGCCGUGAUUAUAAAUACUUUGUGUAUGACGAUGGUGUGGAAGCUGAAAUCCACGACUCCUACAGCCCCAGAGUAGGUGUGUUUCUGGACUGCAAUGCCGGCUCUCUGUCAUUUUAUAGCAUCUCAGGGGCAAUGACUCUCCUAUACAGAUUCAACACCAAAUUCACUGAGCCGCUCUAUGCAGCAUUUGGGUUUUUGAGUGCAGAUAAUCCAACUGUAUUUAACACCAGUGUAUCACUCUGUGAUCUAAUGCAAGGUGACCAUUGACCUGUACCCUCCACCAGUCACUUGAUAUCCUCACAAGUGCAGGUCCGCUGUGUGAUUGUGUGUGUAGUUUGGGUUUGAAUUUGUGGUUUGAGUUUUGUGUUUGUGGUUUGGGUUUGUGCCAUAUUUUACACAAUGGAAUGCUAUGCAGUGAAGGUGGAGAAAACCAUACAAUGCACUAUAAAAGAAAUAAGAAUAAAGAAAAACACAAAAAUAAAGCACCUGAAACAAAUCACUUUAAAUAUUAAACAAAGUUUAAAUUGACUUAAGAGUAUGAAAGGCUUGAAUGAUCACGGUGUCCUAAAGGCCUUGUUGAACAAGAUGAGGAGAGUAGAGUGGGAGAUGAAGCUGAGAAUUAAGGAGGAUAAAAUGUACUA